AUGUGCCGCCGCCAGGGCCCCUUUGAGGUGUACCUUGGAAAGGAGCCCUCAGACCACGGCUCUCGGACCACGGCUCUCGGGCAGCAGCGGAUAGGCAACAAGAAACACAUCCCUGCCCGCCCAGUGCCACUUUUCAGGGGACACACCCCCAGUCCGGCGCACAAGAGUUGGAUGGUGUUAAGCUUGUAUGCGCUGAGUAAAAUAGGCCCGAAUCAAAGCGCGCGCAUUUUCCUGCCGUGGAGCGCGAUCGCAAAAUAUCUCCAUGGUCGAAGUGACAAUGAUUGCAAGAACAUCUUCUACUCGGCCCUGCGCUCCAAGACCUCUCAAACCAACCGCCUCCUACGCACCUACGCCCAAGCCGUAGGGCCUAAUUGCGACGACCCCCUCGCGCGCCAGAACGCCUACAAGACCGCCAAGGCGCAGGUCGCCGCCCGUAACGCUUCCCUCAUAAGUCGGGCCGCUGCGCUAGCCCCGCGCAAUCGCCAAAACUCACGCGGUGGCUCGGCAAGCGAUGACGAUUCCGACAUUCCAGCGGAUGCGGCGGCGGCGGCAGCACAAGCCGCUGCGGGUCUACCACAGGCUGACGCUGCCGCCGCUGCGGCGGCGGCGGCUGUAGCCGGCGCGGACGGCGGCGAGGCUCCUGAAGACAUAGACCCUAUGGACGCCGGCGCCUACGUCAGCGCGCUGCAGCUCCAGCAAGCCACCGCCGCAGCGGCAGCCGCCGCUGCUGCCGGUAGCAGCGGCAGCGGAGGGCCUCAAGAUCCCAGCCCAAGCAGCAACAGCAACCGGGCCCUCAUCCGCCGGCUUUCAGCACAGUCCGGCAAUCGUGACUCAUCGAUGUACGGCAGCGGAAGCGGAGGAGGUGGUGGCGGCGGCGGCGGCGGCGGCUCGCCCUCGAUUGCACCAACGUUUUCACAAGGGACGGCUGCAGCCGCCGCUGCCACCGCCGCCGCUGGUGCACCGCUGGCGCGCACGAAAUCGCAGUCAUUCCGAGACGGGGCUUCUGAGGGGCAUCCGGCGGGCUCAGGCCGCCAGCACCAGCACCAGCACCAGCAGCCGUCGCAGCCCCAACAUUUGCAUCAGUUGGUAUUGCCCGCAUGGGCAGCGUCAGGCCGCGCAUUACUGCCGCCAGCUGCGGGUCACCCGUUACGGCAGGUACGACCACGACUGAUGCCUUUUGGCCCCCACCCUUCGCCGCUCUCAGUGGGAAUGGCCGCGACGUCGCACGACAGCCUACAGCUGGCGUCGCCGUCGGCGGCAGUGCAGAACGGCGGCGGCGCCGCCGCUGACGGCGUGCUGGCGGAGAAUUACGGCGCCUCUGCAUCGUCAACCGAAUCGCUCCAAGACGCAACGCCGCCGCCUGCGCCGCCGCCACUGCGUCGUGGCAGCAGCGGCAGCGCCGGCAUUGCCGCCGCCGCCGCGGCCGCCACCGGCACCGGGCGCAAAGACAGGGCGGCCCGGGGUCGCGGCGACGCUAGCAGUGGUAUUGGCAGCAGUAACAGCAGCUUUGGAAUCACGGUGAAGAUCGAGAGAAGCGCCACUGCACCCGCGGGACCAGCGGCGGGGACCGGGAGCCCGAACGACCAGACGGCGGCAAUGGCGGCGGCGCUGCACUCUUCGGCGACUGCGGCAAUCGCCGCUCAGGGCCAAGUUCAGCACCAGCCGUGCGCCAUUCGCUCCUUCGUGGUUCUGGACGAUCGGGGCGGACUUAACGGUGGCGGUUUCACGCCUGGCAACACCUGCAGUACACCGGGCCCCUAUCCGCAAGACUUGGCCAUGCUUCAGCUGGCUCACGCCUCCGCUGCCUCGAACACUACAGACGGUGGACCGACCUCCCCCGACCUCCCGCCUACGACGUACUAUCACCCGCAACCGCAUCCCGCGUACCACGCCUUAGCGCUGUCCCAAGGACUUUGUACGACACCCGGCGCCGCCGCCGCCGGCACUGUCCUGCAACAGCCCACAGCAGGUACGCCGCCGCCCGUGGCGCGCAUUUCCAUCGCCGCCGCCGGCGCACCUGGCAUGCUUUUCUCCGGCCUCCCCACCAGUACAUGCGAAGAGCUCAUGUCGUGUGGUAGUGUAGGGCCCAUGGGGGCCCCCCUGGCGGUGCCGGCGGUGGCGGCAAGCGUGCCACGCUGGGCAUCGCCGCCGCUGCCUGCGGCCGAUCCUUCCGGCCCCUGCAAGUACGACAUGACGCCGCAGCCGGUCAUGGGCAGCUCCGGUGUGUUGCUGUACCCUAGCGGAGGCGGGUGGGAGUUGAGUGCCUUGGAGCUCAUGGCGGGUAGCGGCGGCGGCGCUGGUGGCGGCGGCGCUGGUGGCGGUGACGGGGGCGCUGCCGCCGCUGCCGGCGGCCCUUUCGCUGUGUUACCGUCGCCCCCGGUGCUGUUACAGCAGCAGCACCACCAAUACCACCUGGGCCUGCAAUUGCAAGCACAGUUGCAAGCACAACAGCAGCAGCUGCAGGAGCAGCAACUGCAGCUACAGGCGCAGUUAGCGCAGCUCCAUGCGCUGCAACGGAUCUCGCACUUGCAUCAGGGAUCUGAACAGCUUAACUCGCAAUCCCAAGGCCAAGGAUCACCGGCCUGGAUGGCCAGCUGCGAUACCCCAACGCCGCAGUCACUGCAACAGCAACAGCAGCAGCCGGCGGGUGCGGCGGCGGCGCCGCCAUCCUCCUCCUCAGCCACAGCCACGGCCCCACCGGGCCUACGGCUGGGGCCGGACAUGACCAUGCAGUCGCCUCCCCCCGGCCGUAUCGUGCCUGAGACGCCGCUACAGCCGCCGCCACAGGCUGCUGACUCCGAUCUGACGGACAUGUGGCUCAGCUGCAUGCUGGAGUGA